AUGAAUGUGUCUAACUCUCUCAAAGGCCAUGAAUCUUGGCAGGCCACUACAAGGGAGCUUUAUGACAAGGUUUGUGCUAAGAAAGGUGUAUCUCAAGAAAAGGCUCACAUUUGGGAUUACAUCAACAUGAGGAAAGGCCAAGUCUUGGAGGUAUCUUGCAUGAGCAUUGAAGAGUUAGGUCUUCACAUGACCCAAGAUAUUCUUCUUGAAGUUGAUGGGAGCUCAGAAGUAAAUGAUGAGCUACCUCUGGAAGAAAAACCUUCAGGAUUAGCAGGACUGGUUGGGAAACACCUGCUACAUGAACAGCGCUCUUCAGUGUUUGGCACACACACCUCCCAUACUUGA